GCGGGCCGUGUGACGUCGAGCCGAAGCGCUGGCUGUUUAUUGUUCCUUCCUGAGCACCGACAGAGAAAAACAGGCAAACAGGCUCUCAGCUACGUUUUUUCACACGGUUACGGUCGGUUUUACGAAGGUGUAACGGUCGAGACAGCUGACUACACAAACCAGGGGCCAUGGCGUACGCGUACCUCUUCAAAUACAUCAUCAUUGGAGACACGGGUGUGGGAAAAUCAUGUCUAUUACUACAGUUCACAGACAAGAGGUUUCAGCCAGUUCACGACCUCACCAUCGGUGUGGAGUUUGGUGCAAGGAUGAUCACUAUAGAUGGCAAACAGAUCAAAUUGCAGAUCUGGGAUACGGCUGGUCAGGAGUCGUUCCGGUCCAUCACCAGGUCUUACUACAGAGGAGCAGCAGGAGCACUGUUAGUCUAUGACAUCACAAGAAGGGACACCUUCAACCACUUGACAACCUGGUUAGAGGACGCCCGCCAACAUUCCAACUCCAAUAUGGUCAUCAUGCUCAUUGGCAACAAGAGUGACCUGGAGUCGAGGAGAGAGGUGAAGAAAGAGGAAGGUGAAGCAUUUGCCAGAGAACAUGGCCUCAUAUUCAUGGAGACCUCAGCCAAGACUGCCUCUAAUGUAGAGGAGGCUUUCAUCAACACAGCCAAGGAGAUCUAUGAGAAGAUCCAGGAGGGAGUGUUUGAUAUCAACAAUGAGGCUAACGGUAUUAAGAUCGGACCCCAGCAUCCCACCACCAACUCCACACUGCCCAGUAGCCAGGGAGGCCACCAGGCUGGAGGAGGCUGCUGCUGAAGCCCCAAAACUCACCUCCUCCUCCUCCUCCUCCUCCUCCUCCGGCCCCGACCCUUCCUCCUCCUCCUCCUCGACCCUCCCUUGCGUUUCUACAGGACUGUCCAGGCUCACUAACAGUUUGUUAACCUCUCUCUCUCUCUCUUUACUGCUUUAUUAUUUCAUACAUCCAUCCCCUGUGUCUUCUCCUCUCUCAGCCUCCUGACCUUCUCUUUGGGUCUGGAGUCGACCCGACUUCCUGCAGUCUUAUGAGGACAGAGUCAGCCACCUUAUUCAGAAGUUUUCUAGUUCACCUUUAUUUUUUUUUUUUUUUUGAUUAGAAGAGCAGAUUUUAAGCUUUUUAUUUAAAAAUAAAAGGAAAAACAAAAAACGAGGCACCCUUCCUUCCUGGAAUGUUUAAUUCCAGCAGUUUGAUUUCUGCAUUUCCUCAUGUCGGGAGAUUUCUCACAGAAAACUGACUUUGUCUAGAUAGAGACAGGACCGGGGAGGGGGUUAGAAAUGAUACACUCUCUACAGCUGACUGUGUGGAAUAAAGCAGGCGCUGUGUUGUGUCUAUACACACAUCUGUACGUGUUUUUAAAGACGAUGUUGAUAGCGGGACGUGUUUCUACACGCUGAGUCGGUUUUCAUGCUGUGCCUGUGUGUUAAGGGACGAUACAACUAUUCCAGGAUGUCAGUUUGUGAGGUGUGAGAGGCAUUCGAGUCACUCUGUAUUUUCUUUCCAUAAAAAAAAAAACGAAAGAAAAUGUGCAAAUCUUGUCAAUUUAUUUGUCUGUCCUUUCCCUUGGUUUCUUUUUUUUUUCCUUCAUCAUGUUAUUCUGUUCUGUCGGAAGAUUUGUAUUUAAUGAACACUAAAAAAAACAAAAAAAAAACAAACAAAAAAAAAAAAACCCAGAACUGGUUGUGGCUUAAAGAAAUGUUUUAACCCUCCUGUUGUCUUCAUUUAUGGGCACCAAAAACAAUUGUUCCUUUGUCUGAAAAAAAUUCAAAAACUCAGCAAAUUUUCCCCCAAAUUUAUAAAAAUGGGCAAAAUCUUCAGGAAAAAAAAUCCAAAAAUUUCUUAAAAGUUUUAUUUAAAAAAGAAAAUCCCCAAAUUUGGCAAGAAAUAAAAAUUUAAAAAAUGAAAACUAAAUAUUUUCCAAAAAUGAGUAAAAAUCUUCCAAAAAAAUCCUAAAAAUAUUUAAAAUGAUUCCAUAUAUAUCAGUAAAACUUCUAAUAUUUUCUUUAAGUAAAUUUUUUUAGCAUUUUUUUGCACCAAAAAAUGUUCAAAAAAUUCUCAAAAAUGUUGAAAAUGUAGAAAUUUUCAGUGUGAAAAUAUUUUUUUUACCCACAUUUUCAAACUUUAAAGCAUGUCAGUUUUGACCCGCAGGACGACAGGAGGGUUAAAAUCACCUGGGGAGAGAAUAAAAGGCCAAACUGUUGAGUGUGGAUCCUUUUCGGAGCAACACGAAAGAAAAGCUGAAACGUUGAUGGAUGUUGAGAGCUGCCAUUAUGAAGUAAAAUAGUUUGGAAAUGGAGACUUUUUUUUUGUUUUAGACUGUAUUUAUCGGGCGCAUUUCUGUGUAUAUAUGGCUCUUUAGGUUUCUGUAGCUUUUUAUUUGCUGUUUAAGGUGAAACUUGGCGUGUUGAAGUCGUUACGUUACCGGGGAGGCCUUCACGCAGCCUUUUUAGCAUUUUUAACUAGCCUCAUUUAAACCCAAAGGUACCGAGCCUCCCUGCUACAUCAGAGCCGCUGGUGCCCUUUCUUUUAAAUGACAACUAUGAAUGAUAACAGGCUGUUGACGGGACCGUGCAGAGGCAUUCAAAGUCCCCCGGUGGAGAACAGACUCCGACUGAAAAUGUCAAAGCGUCUCCCUUUUUAAGCAAGCGAAAGAUUCCCACCACGAAUUAGCUGGUGGAUAUAUAACUGUUUAGAGCUUGAUUGAUGACUGCUGCAGUGUUUUUCGCUUCGAGAUCCCCUGAUGUAAUGUAAUAGGCACCGUUUUCCCGUUCUGAUCAUAUUCUACCACUUCGGUUACUUAUCGUUCACCUCUUCCCUCUCAUUUCCUCCUUCUCUCCCUCCGACUGUGCGGUAACGAUAGCUCUGUACCUUGUUUUUAAUGCCAAAUUGUUGUGUUUACCUGUGUUUUGUCAAGAAAAAGAAAAGGGGGGAUAAAGCUCCUAUGAUCUGGCCUGGAAUCAGCUGUCUGCCUUAACCCUGAGAGAUUUGGACAGCUGCUAAAACACACGAGCCGUUUAUCUGCAGAUAGGCAUUUUACCACUAACUAACCACAUAGAUGCACACGUAGAAGUCUUAGAAAGAGGCCCAGUUUGACUUUUCUUUAAGAAUUGGGGCAUUUGAGAUGAAUCUAAAUGUUAUUUUCUUCCCAUCCCCUCCACACACACCCGACCUACAUACGCUGAACGUAUGCAGACGAUGCAUACGUCUAUAUUCCUGUCUAUCUAACCUUAGCUGUGUUUUCUCUCCAGGCUAACUGUAUUUCUGUUUUGGGUUUCACAGCAGUGCGAGUGAAUCUUGUUUUCCUCGGCAGUGUGUUCUUCUUUCAUUUUCUUUUUUCUUUCUUUUUUAAAUUCCUAGAUAUAUUCAGACAGUUAUUGAUCUUAUUCUGAUGCUGAUUAUUCUUUGUAAAAGCAACAUGUAGUGUGUGUGUGUGUGUGUGUGUGUGUGGACCCAGAGGGGUUAAGGGGGAGGAUCAAGCCAAACCUGAUGCUACAUCUAUCUAUCUAUCUAUCUAUCUAUCUAUGGAUUGAUCUAUCUUAUCUAUGUGGCCCUCCUCUCUCUCGCUCUUCCUCUUCCUCCUGCCUCUCCUCCUCCCCCUCGUUAUUUGCUGUGUUUGUUCUUUGGAAAAAAUAAAACCUAAAAAAAAGAAAAAAUGAAAAUGCUAUCACAAUAAACUAUAAUAAAACAUUCUAAACUCUAAA